CUCGGAAACGUCACCUAAAAAUUAAUCUCAACUCUUAUCCUCUGUUUCAUAAAGCAAAAAAAAAAAAAACUUUAUAGAGAGAAUGGGGUUACUAUGAUACAUAUAAGCCCCCAGUGUGAGAUGGGAUGGGAGGAAGGGGGCAUAUUUGCAUGACUUGUUCCACAAGUCCCUUAGUCUCCACUCAAGGAACUUCCCCCCGACAUCUCAUCCUCCAAAUUUAUAUACAUAGAUCUCUUCGAAAUCUAAAGCAUAACAUUCAAAAUGGGAGAUCAACCGCAACAGGUCCAGCAACCUCUCGUUGUUUACCCAAACACUUUCACUAAACAGUAUCCCGACCCUUCUUCUUCUACUUCUCCACCGACUUCCUCUGGUUCGAGUGGAUCUUUCGGUACGGUGUUUAUAGUGCUGGCGGUGAUCCUCGUGCUGUCGGCUUUGGCGUGCGUGUUUGGGAGGAUAUGCAACCGUGGACGUUUGCCUAAGCAGCAGCAGAAGAACAAGCAGCAGCAUGAGAAAGCCUCCAAGAAGAGCCGCGAGAUCCGUCCGGUGGAGCGUGAGCCCAGAGAAAAUGGAGAUGAUCUAGAGUUUGGAUUCGAUAUGAAGCGCCCUCCAAUGCCCAGACCUGGAGAUGGUUUGGAGUUUGGGUUCGAUAACAAGAGAGGGGGACCACCUCAGAUCAAACAUGGAGUUCGGUUCAAGAUGCCUGAAGAUGGGAGCAUCAGAAGAGGCGAUCUGCGACACGGACAUGGACCUCCCGACAUAGAAUUCAAGCCAUGAUGACAUGUUCUUUUUCCAUUUCGUAGUGUGGGUUUGUUUGGUUUUUCUUGCAUGGGUCUGGAAUUUGGUGCUGAAACUAUGGAAAUAAAUGUGCAUGGAGAUGAAAUCCUUCUUCGCAAAUAAAACCUAGAACGCAAUUCCUGAUACAA